AAGAUUUUCAGUCAGAACUCAGCCACGUCCCCACUUUUUUUCUAUAUACAUUCGAAAGCAGUUUCCACUUUUGUUUGUGCCUUUCUGCUUUCACCUUUCUUCUGUCCUCUCUAUGCAAUGGCCCUUCUUGGCUCUCGAAACUCUUGUGCUCUUUUGGCCUCAUUCUUGUUUCUUCUUGUCCUUGUUUUUUCCCUUCAAUGCCGUUUAGCUUCUUCGGCUGUGGUUUCAGGCAUGAAACAGCACAAUGACCAUGUCAGCCACCACACACCACUGGUUCAAACCAACCAAAGCACUUGUUCAUUGUUCGUGGGUGCUUGGGUCCGUGAUGAAACUGAAACAUACCCUCUUUACCAUUCUUCCAGCUGCCCAAUCAUAGACCCAGAAUUCAAUUGCCAAAUGUACGGUCGUCCUGAUUCUGGUUACCUCAGAUACCGUUGGAAGCCCCUCAAUUGUGAGCUCCCAAGGUUCAAUGGGGUUGAGUUUCUGCUGAAAAUGAAAGGCAAAACCGUGAUGUUUGUUGGUGACUCGUUGGGAAGGAACCAAUGGCAGUCUUUGAUUUGUAUGCUAUCAGCUGCAGCACCUCGGACACGCACAAAAUUGGUCACGGGAGAUCCUCUCUCAGUCUUCAGAUUCUUGGAUUAUGGUGUGAGCAUUUCAUUUUACAGAGCUCCAUAUUUGGUGGAGGUGGGUGUGGUCCAAGGAAACAGAAUUCUAAAGCUGGAAAAGGUAGAUGGGAAUGGUGACGCAUGGAGGAAUGCUGAUGUGCUGUCUUUCAACACAGGGCAUUGGUGGACUCAUCAAGGUUCUCUUAAGGGGUGGGAUUAUGUAGGAUUAAGAGGUAAGUUCUACCCUGAUAUGGAUCGCUUGGCAGCUUUGGAAAUGGGUAUGAAAACAUGGGCUAAUUGGGUGGACACUAACAUUGAUAGAAGCAAAACCAGGGUGUUCUUUCAAUCAAUUUCUCCCACACACUACAACCCAACUGAAUGGAAUGUGGGUGGAACAACUGUGAUGGCAACAACAAAGAAUUGUUAUGGUGAAACUGCCCCAAUUAGGAGCACAACAUACCCUGGAGCAUACCCUGAGCAGAAGAGGGUUGUGGAUAUGGUUGUAAGAGAAAUGAAAAACCCUGCAUAUCUUUUGGACAUUACAAUGUUAUCAGCAUUGAGGAAGGAUGGUCACCCUUCAGUUUACAGUGGUGAAUUAAGUCCUCAGAAGAGGGUUAAUCCAAAUAGAGCUGAUUGCAGCCAUUGGUGUCUUCCUGGCCUACCUGAUACUUGGAAUGAACUAUUCUCUACUGCAUUACUCCACUAAAUUUUACUUUUGCUGGUUAAUUAACAUGUUCAUGUUCAUGUUCAUGUUCACUCAUUGUAUUAUCUUCAGUAGGUGAUGCAUUGUUAGAGGGUUGCAUGAUCGCAACUCGUUGCAAUUGUGAAGUUAUAUGUUAAGGAAAAGUACAAGUUUCUCUGUUGUUAUAUAAUAUAAAUGUAAAGUGUGAAUUAUAAGAUUAUUGUAUAAA